GUAACAUACCCGCCCUGUUCUCCAGAACGAGGAGUUAGGGGAAAUUAAGUUGUUUGACAACAACUAGCCAGUAGAAAUACUUUUUAGAUCACGAGAAAAUAAUUUUGCACGAUAGUGAUGAAGUUCGUUAAUAGGUGUGGUGUAUAGGGUUAGUAUAAGUAUUACACUUCCCAAAGGAUAUUUUGUAAACAUUUCGAAGUUACCUUCUGAGCUUGGGAAAGCGGUGCAUUUUUUUCCCCCGUUCUACAUCCAGACUCAACUCAUCACCUUCUCAUCAUGCCUUUCCCCUUCGGGAAGUCUCAGAAGAGCCCAGCAGAGAUUGUUAAGAGUCUGAAGGAGAACGUGGCUUACUUGGAAAAGCUGGAUGCGGCAGAAAGCAAAAAAUGUGAAAAGGUUGCAGAAGAGGUGUCGAAGAACCUGUCAUCUCUGAAAGAGGUGCUGUGUGGUACAGGGGACAAGGAGCCCCAAACGGAGGCAGUUGCCCAACUGGCCCAGGAACUCUACAACACCAACCUCCUUAUUGCUCUCAUUGCAAACCUGCAAAGGAUUGAUUUUGAGGGAAAGAAGGAUGUGGUCCAGCUGUUCAGCAACAUUGUACGGCGUCAGAUUGGCACCCGUACGCCCACGGUUGAGUAUAUCUCCUCACACCCACAGAUCCUCUUCAUGCUGCUGAAAGGGUACGAGAGUGCGGAAGUGGCUCUGAACUGUGGGAUGAUGCUAAGGGAGUGCCUGCGUCAUGAGCCCCUGGCGCGCAGCGUUCUUUUCUCUGAAGACUUCUACUGCUUCUUCCGCUAUGUAGAGCUGUCAACCUUCGACAUCGCCUCAGAUGCUUUCGCUUCAUUCAAGGAUCUUCUCACGAGACAUAAGAUUAUGUGCGCAGAUUUUCUGGAGACCAAUUAUGACAGGGUGUUUACAGAAUAUGAGAAGCUACUGCAUUCCGAGAAUUAUGUCACCAAACGGCAGUCCCUGAAGCUCCUGGGAGAGCUUCUUCUGGACAGACAUAACUUCACUGUGAUGACCAAGUACAUCAGUCGUGCAGAGAACUUGAAGAUGAUGAUGAACAUGCUGCGAGACAACAGCCGCAACAUCCAGUUUGAGGCCUUCCAUGUCUUCAAGGUGUUUGUGGCCAACCCCAACAAGACUCAGCCUGUUCUGGACAUUCUGCUGAAGAACCAGGCCAAGCUGGUGGACUUCCUGAGCCACUUCCAGACAGAUCGCUCUGAGGACGAACAGUUCUGUGAUGAGAAGAACUACCUGAUCAAGCAGAUCCGCGACCUGAAGAGGCCCCCGCCACCAGAGGAGGCGUGAGGGGACAGGCAGGGGGACGCCAGUUCAGAGGUAGAGGGUGAGAAUGAUGGUGAGAGCGAGCGAGGGAGUCAUGCUUGACUAGAAUCUAUUACUCUUCCCUUCUCUUAACUUCAAACAUAGGAAAAAUAUAUUGUACAAACUCCCUCCUCAUCCCUUUUUAAGUUUCUAAUGCUCAUGUGGGAACGGAGGUAAUUUUUAAGGCACACACAACAAGAGUGACCCAAGAACAGUUAUUUAAACCCAAGAACAGCGAUUUCAACCAAUUCGUAUGAAUCAAUGCACUUUGUCAGAUGUUAUAUUGGACCUUAAACACGCCAUUAUUCUCUUAAGCACAGUAGCACACCUGAGCAAUUUCCUGGGAAAUUAGGAUACGUGGUCAACAUAAAACGGAAUAAACUCUUGACAAGAGGCAAAGUCUCACCAAACUUUACAGGAAAUGUAAAAUGGAUUUGCAAGCUUUAGCGAUUUCAACCAAUUCGUAUGAAUCAAUGCACUUUGUCAGAUGAUGUUAUAUUGGACCUUAAACACGCCAUUAUUCUCUUAAGCACAGUAGCACACCUGAGCAAUUUCCUGGGAAAUUAGGAUACGUGGUCAACAUAAAACGGAAUAAACUCUUGACAAGAGGCAAAGUCUCACCAAACUUUACAGGAAAUGUAAAAUGGAUUUGCAAGCUUUUAAAAGGCUAUCUGAUCAAAUAUGAUAUUUUAGGACCUAGAAUUUUUAAAUCAAGAUAUUCUUUUGCUGGCGUUAUUCUAUAAUAGUUAACAUUUUAUUUUGUAACUAACACCACACUUAACAAAUUCCAUAAUAUCUUGGUUUAUUGCUUUAUUUAAGAGCUCUUUGAUUGAUCUGGAACUUUUAAUAUGUGGAUGACCUUAGUGGUAUUAUUCUUUGCUUGGGAUAGACACUUGGGUUGAAGUAGGUCUUUAGUUGAUAACUACGUAAUUAUCUUCAGUCCAGCUCCUAACAGCAUACAUAGUAACAAUAGAAAGCUCAAAGAUGCGAGUCCUCUGCAUCAGUUGUCCUAAUAGAAUCCAUCAGAGAUGGCAGUAAAAAAAAUAUGAAACCUGAAUCGAUGACAUUUGUGAGGUAGGAGCCAGGCUGGUAGGAGCCAGGCUGGUAGGAGCCAGGCUGGUAGGAGCCAGGCUGGUAGGAGCCAGGCUGGUAGGAGCCAGGCUGGUAGGAGCCAGGCUGGUAGGAGCCAGGCUGGUAGGAGCCAGGCUGGUAGGAGCCAGGCUGGUAGGAGCCAGGCUGGUAGGAGCCAGGCUAGUAGACUAAAAUAGACUGUCAGAUAACGCUGCAGGGUGACCAUAGGCAGCCAUCCAUUCUUUACUCUGAUUGAUCCCAAUGUUGGCACUCUCUUUUUCCCUGCCCAGAUGCUCGCCAGUUUUCAUAUGCAGUUAGGAACUGGUGUGAGAUAGGAAGAUGUUUUUUCUUUCAGAAAUUAUGACUUAAUAAUAUUGCUUUGCAGACAACUGAUAAGAUGUAUCCUCCCAAUAAUAUUACUAACACAUAUCUUAUCGGACAACAAUAAUGCAACACAAAAGUAACACUGUAAUGUUGCAGUGCAACAGAAUCUGCCCGAGCUCUGAUACUCCUAAGAUGCUUGUAAGCGUGGGCUUCCAUGAGCUGCAUGCUGUGUUUCAGGCCUCACUCUCAUGCAGUUAGAUGCACUGGUCAGGAAGCCAUUGCAGAGGCCUGUGAUUGGACCCUUUUUUUCAAUUUUCGCCUAAAAUGACCUGUAGUGCAUGACCUGAAGCAAGGAUAUGCAUAUUCUUGAUACCAUUUGAAAGGAAACACUUUGAAGUUUGUGAAAAUGUGAAAUUAAUGUAGGAGAAUAACACAUUUAGAUAUGGUAGAAGAUAAUACAAAGAAAAAAAAACAUGCGCUUUUGUUCCAUCUUCGAAAUGCAAGAGAAAGGCCAUAAUGUACUAUUCCAGGUUAGGCACAAUUUAGAUUUGGCCACUAGAUGGCAGCAGUGUAUGUGCAAAGUUUUAGACUGAUUCAAUGAAACAUUUCAUUUCUGUUCAAAAUGUUGUAUCAAGACUGCCCAAAUGUGCCUAAUUGGUUUAUUAAUACAUUUUCAAGUUCAUAACUGUGCACUCUCCUCAAACAAUAGCAUGGUAUUCAUUCAAGAUGAAGCUUUCUGCCCAUAUCUGAUAUGUCUACUGUAUGUCCUGGGAAAUCUUCUUGUUACUUACAACCUCAUGCUAAUCACAUUAGCCUACGUUAGCUCAAGCGUCCCGUGGUGGUGGGGGGGGGCACUGAUCCCGUAGAAGUUAAACACAUUAAAUGUUCCAUAUAAUGACCUGCAUUGUCAAACUUGAAGCCAAUUGGGAUGAUUUAUGUUGAAUCCAUAGCACCAAAUUGGCCACAUUCUCUUAAUGGGUGUUCGACUCUAUCAAUAAUUACUUUGUAAAUUGCCCAGAUGAACAAAAAAAAGAGUAUCUUGAAAUGACAGCAUUUUUACCUUACCUGGUGUCACUUAAAUUGCAUAAUAACAGAUUACAAAAAUAUAUGGUGUCUGUUUUGCACAAUUCUUGUAUAUACCUCAUGGGGUUUUGAGUUCAUAAGUGCUGUGUUCUCUACUUUCCUUGACAAGAUAUUUGAUUUGAUAUUUUGGAUGAACAGCAUUGGUUUGUAUUAUGCAUGCUAAAUAAAUCAAUGUUUUUGUUUGAACUUAAGCAGGGAGUGGGACCUGGUUUUCUCUUAGGGGAAAGACUUCAACUAAAUGUAUUUGUUGGGUGCCUCAUGUCAAUUCAUAAUGAAUUACAGGAUUGGCCCCACAAAAGUAUGAAUGUUGCCUUACUUUCAGAAUUUUUAUUUGAUUGUUAAGACCAUGUAUGUGCUCAAUUUUCUUAACCAAAGGUAAUUUGAGGUGGAAAAUAAUGCAUUUCAAGUCCCAAACAUAAUGCCAACUUCACAGGCCCAGAUAAAAUUAAUUUUAAUUGGUAAAUAAUUAACUGCAAAUGUGAUAAACCAUGAAUGGAAUACUUCUGGACUAGAGACGGUAUUCUAGGACUUUUGGAAAAAGUGCAGUUUAGUACUGUAGGCUUAAUCUGGGUCACUAUAAUCAGCCCACAUACUAUUAUUUAUUGGAAUUUCAGAUCACCUGUUUUGUGGUACACCAAGCAUUAAUCAAAAUGUUUUAUCACAACUUCAAACUGAAUAAUUUCUUAGAGGAAAUCAAAUAUAAAGCUAAAUGUUUCAGAUCAUUUUCAGACCUCUGGUUACUUGGCUAGUAUAAUAACUCAAUGGCAAUCUAAAAUUAUCAAGGCUAAAUAAUUGUUGGGUGAUUCAGAAUUUUCAUUUUGAACUUUAAAAUGUUUAUGCUUUACUGUUUCCCAUAGGCUUUGUGUAUCUGAUUUAUUUUUUACUGUGGGAAAAGAUUAAAUGUGUACAUAGCUUUAUUUUAAAAGGUGAAUGUGUGGAAACAUUAAAAAAAAUUAAGACGCCA